AUGCGCCAGUCGACCGGGGCUUUGGUGGCGGUGGAUGAAAAGGGCGUGGCUUUCGAGCUCGCGGGCGAGUUGAGUCCCAACGAGAUAUGCGUCCACGAGGAUUGUCUUCUCUGGUCCCCCGAAGUCCAUUUCACCAAGGGUCGGUUCAUGAACGUGCAGAAGGAGCUGCGGCGGUCGGGCGGCCUCUAUUGCACCGUGUGCGGCGGGCGCGGCGCUGCGCUGGGGUGCCGCGUCCCCGCGUGCCGACACACGUACCACGUGCCGUGCGCGCGACGCACUCCCGGCUGCCACUUCGACGAAGACGCCUACGUGCUCUCCUGCCCGCAACACCCGCCCGUGGGCGCCAAACCGAAGAAACUCAAGCGCAAGCAGCCGUCCCCGCCGGCGGCGGCGCCGCAUGCGGACGAAUCGGACGAGGAGGAGGAGGCGGGGAACGCGCAGGAUGCGCGGCGGGGGAAGGAGGACGCCCGCGCGCCCCCCGUUGCGGGGAAGAACCAGAGGCGCGCGCGGACUGGCGCAGGGGGGAGGGGCGCGGGGGCCGGGGGGAGAAAGGCUUCCGCGCAGGGGUCGGAUACAGUGGCGCCCGAGGUUCCUGUAAAGAAGGAUGUGACUACAAAGGGCGCUGUCAAGGACGUGACCAUGAAGGAUGUGACUAUGAAGGGCGUAGCGGCCAUGAAAAGCAAAUAUGACGAUAUGGCAUGUGUGGCGAAAGCAUCAGCUCCUAUAGCCAAGGUUCCUGUGACAAAGGAUGGGACUAUGAAGGGUGUGACUAUGAAGGAUGACGCUGCAGUGGGGAAGAAGACAGAAGAGAGCGUGGGCAAGGAGCGCAGAUCGGUUGAGAGAGAAGUUAAUGCCACAAAGAAGGACAAGGGAAAGGGAGUAGCAGAGGGGGACCGUGAGCAGGACACAGGAAGAGCCGUCAUCCUUGGAGUGCCAAACGCAAUGGCUCCCUGUAGUAGCAGCAAGAGAGGGCAUCCCUGUCCUAAUGAUUUAUCCCCCAAGGCUCUGGGUAGCGUCGCUUCUGUUGCUCUUGCUGACGAUGCUCCGACGAAGCUGAAUCCGCAGGCUCGGGUGACUACUAAAGCGGAUAGCGAAGCAGUCUUUAAGGUGCCUCAACCAGUGGUUAAAGUGCCUCAGCCUGGUGCCUCAGAGAAAGGGAAGGAGGGUGAGAAGGGAGAGAAGAGAGAGGGGGGGAAGGAGGUGAGGGAAGUUGAAGCUGCUUUUGAAGAGGAUAUAGUAAAGGAAGGGAGGGGCAAGGAGAUUGGGAAGAAAAAUGAAUCGGCAGCAGCAGUUGGUGCUGCUGCUGCUGCUGCUGCUGCUACUGCUGUCGGUGGUGCCGAAGUGGCUGUGAGCAUUGGAGCAAGCCAGGGGGUUGCAGUGACAGGAGGCACUUCUUCUUGCUCGAGAAACAGCGGCAAGCCUCCCAGCAAGCCAGGGGUUACAGUGACAGGGGAUGCCUUCUCUUGCUCUAGGAGCAGCAGCAAGCCUCCCAGGUAUGGGAAUGGGAUGUGUGGUAAGAUGCAUGGUGGUAUGGGGCCAUGGAGAGAUGCUGCUGCUGAUGGUGCUGGCGAAGUGGCUGUGGACAUUGGAGCAAGCCAGGGGGUUGCAGUGACAGGGGACGCCUUCUCUUGCUCUAGGAACAGCAGCAAGCCUCCCAGGUAUGGGAAUGGGAUGUGUGGUGCUACGGGGCUAUGGAGCGAUGCUACUGCUGCUGGUGUUGGCGAAGUGGCUGUGGGCAUUGGAGCUACGCAGGUAGCAGCAGUGACAGGGGACGGCUCUUCUUGCUCGAGGAACAGCGGCAAGCCUCCCAGUCAGUGGGUUCUGUGCGGGUCAGCCCUCGAUUCAGCCUCCAAGGCCCGCCUGGUCAAGUUUGCUAACGCAAUGGGCGCACAGCUGACGUCAGAGUGGAGUCCACGUGUCACCCACCUAUUGGUUGGCACGGAUUCCGAGGGGAAGGCACGGAGGACGCUCAAGAUGGUGAUGGCGAUCCUGCACGGGCAGUGGGUGCUCAGCAGCAAGUGGUUACCAUCCUCUCCCACCGCGGCCUCUCCCACUGAUGGGCCCGCCGAGGGCCCAUUCGAGGUGCUCUGUGACUCACAUGACGAGUCUGGCGGGGCUACACGCGGCAGGCUGCACUAUGCGCCCAUGGCGAAGGGCUGCCCUUCACCGCCUCCCCUCUUUGCCAGCAUCACGGCGGUGUUUCUGGAAGGCGGAUUCGCCACCCCUUCCUUUGCUGACGUGGCAAGCAUUCUCCAGUGCGGAGGAGGCACUGUGAUCCCAAGCAGCGCUCUUCACUCCCCCACAGCCAAGACCCUUCUUGCUGCCUUCUCCAACCCCUCCAACAACACCCCCACUGCUUCCGCCGCCGCCGCCGCUGCUCCUGCUGCUCCUGCUGACAUCCGGAAGGACGAAGACAGGUCUCAGGGCUGUCAGAGGCAUGGAGAGACGAAGAUCCUGUUGGUGGUGUAUGCUGAUGUUCCUGCGAAUACGCCCUUGGUGUCUGGUAAGAUGCGGCGGGAACUGGCGCUGGUGGAGAAGCGGAGGGAAGCUGCUAGGCAAUUGUGGAAGGAGGUUGGGGCUCGUGCAUGUGUGACGCAUAACUGGAUUGUUGACUCGGCUGCUGGGUUUGAGCUCAAGGCACUUUAG